GCUCAUUGUUCGAGUCCUCCAUGUUCAUCUUCGUCUUCAACUGGACCCCGGUGCUGAUGAAGGUGGGCGAGCCGGAUCCGCCUUUCGGGCACAUCUUCGCGGGCUUCAUGAUCUUCUGCAUGCUAGGCAGUCGCCUCUUUUCGAUGGCAGUGCACAGCAUCCCGAACGAGAGGAUUGGCGACUUGACAUGAUGUUCUGA